CCAAAAAGAGCAACACCACCAUUACCAACAACACCAGCUUUGAAAAUCCAUUGUUUUGGUUUCAACCCACUAAUUUUAAACCCAUUUCCCAACGUGAAAAAGAACAAAGAAUCUGUGCUUUUGCAUGUUGUAUUGAUUGUUGGGAAGAAAAAGAAUAAAUAAAAUCUUUAAAGUGUUAUACUAUCUUACGUUAACACUGCCACCAAAAGAUUUUGUUCCUUUUUUUUCACUUUCUCUAUAUAUAUAUUCACACAAACCAAACAAGAGGAAGCAUUGUUUCAUUUUUGGGAUAAUGGCUACAAAGCUUCUUUUAACCUUUGCCAUUUGUAGAUUAAUUGUUACAGUGGGAUUAACCCUUGAACCCACGGAGCUUCUCCGUUUAGGUCUCACCGUCGACCCCUUCGACGUUGAGUCAGCUUCUGCGGAUUUUGGGUUGAUGACUAAAGUUGAACCGCUUGCGGUCUUACGUCCUUCUUCGGCUAAAGACGUGGCUCAGUUCGUUAAAGCAGCGUACGAGUCGAGUCACGGGUUUACUGUGUCGGCUAGGGGACACGGGCAUUCGAUCAACGGGCAAGCACAGACUGGAACCGGGGUGGUGGUUCAGAUGAGUGGGGUUGGGUCCGGUGGUAAGCCGAGAGUGUGGGGUGAUGAUAUGUAUGUGGAUGUGUGGGGUGGGGAGCUUUGGAUUGAUGUGUUGAAGAGUUGCCUUGCGUAUGGAUUGGCACCUAAAUCAUGGACCGAUUACUUGUACCUUUCCGUUGGUGGGACUUUGUCAAAUGCUGGUAUUAGUGGCCAAGCUUUUCAUCAUGGUCCACAAAUUAGCAAUGUCCAUGAGCUUGACGUUGUUACAGGGAAAGGUGAGCUUAUGACAUGCUCAAAGGAACAAAACCCGGAGUUGUUUCAUGCUGUUCUUGGUGGUUUAGGACAAUUUGGGAUUAUCACAAGAGCUAGAAUUUCUCUUGAACCAGCUCCACAAAGGGUGAGGUGGAUAAGGGUCCUAUAUUCCAAUUUUUCAGCUUUUACCAAGGACCAAGAGUAUCUAAUAUCAUUACAUGGUAACCAAAAAUUCGACUAUGUCGAAGGUUUCGUUAUUGUAGACGAAGGUCUCAUCAAUAAUUGGAGAUCGUCCUUUUUUUCACCUCGAAACCCUGUCAAAAUUUCAUCCCUUGGCUCCAACAACAAUGGCGGCGUUUUGUAUUGCUUGGAAAUUACCAAAAACUACCACGAAUCUACGGCCGAGACCAUCGAUCAGGAAAUUGAGGCUUUGUUGAAGAAAUUAAAUUUUAUACCCACAUCAGUAUUCACAACUGAUUUACCAUAUGUGGAUUUCUUAGACCGGGUUCACAAAGCCGAGUUAAAGCUCCGGUCUAAGGGUAUGUGGGAGGUUCCACAUCCAUGGUUGAACCUUUUUGUCCCUAAGUCAAAGAUUGCCGAUUUUGAUCGAGGGGUCUUCAAGGGCAUUUUGGGAAAUAAAACUAGUGGGCCUAUUCUAAUCUACCCAAUGAACAAAAACAAAUGGGAUGAUAAGAGCUCGGUGGUGACACCGGAUGAGGAUGUGUUUUACCUAGUGGCGUUUUUGAGAUCGGCGUUGGAUAAUGGUGAGGAGACGCAGAGUUUGGAGUACCUGACAAAUCAGAACCGUCAGAUUCUCAAAUUUUGUGAUGAGGAUGGGAUGAAGGUGAAGCAAUAUUUACCUCAUUACAAAACACAAUCGGAGUGGAAAGAGCAUUACGGCAGUAAAUGGGAUCGGUUUCAACGAAUGAAAAUGAAAUUCGACCCGAGACACAUUUUGGCCUCGGGCCAAAACAUUUUCACUCCCACCUUCCUUUCCUCUUCCAAUAUGAUGGUGAUGGACAUACCAAUACCAAUUAAACAAAAAGCUAGAGAAUCUAUAGAUUUUUAACGUACUGACUUAGGAAAAUACCACUAGUUCUUUAUGUAAAUACAAUAUGGCAUAAACAAAGUAAAAUAUUUAUUAAUCA